CACAAGCCGCGCGGAAGCUACUCUACCGGGUGAUGCUGAUUGUUGUCGGAGUUGAAUCACAGUUCUCGUAGAGUUAAAAACGUGGACGUUUUCAGAACUGUUGCAGGACACGAAGCAGCAGUGAGGAGAGCUCAGACCGGUCAUGGCAAAGAAGUCAACUCCAGGCUGGUUUGGAGUUUUUCUCUUUAUAGGCAUUCUUGUGGGGAGUCCGGGCAGCGCCCAGCAUUCUAGGAGACAGUUUCACCGACCAACCAGGACUUCAGGGCCUGUGAUACCGGACCGUGUCUCAAGGGUUUAUCUGAGCCAGGAUCAGCUCAAAGAGCUACAUUUCAAGCCCACCAUAGGCUCCAUCCAGCUAUCAGAGGGCCAUGAGGCUAAGUUCAACUGCUCAAUCGACAUCCCUGAUGCCAGGGUAGAGCCCACCAUCACCUGGGUGAAGAAUGGACUGGACCUGGCACCAAACGGUCAGGUUUUGAUCAAUGAUCUCCAAACUGACACAGAUGGGGUCACGACUCUCCUCUCUGCUGUCAGUAUUAACCCUGUGCAGAGAGUGGAUGCAGGAGAUUAUCGCUGCAGACUGACCAUCAGCACCACGGUGGUAGAGUCUCAGCCAAUCAUCGUGGAGGUGGAUGGUCUACCAACAUUUAUCCAUCAACCUGAGGACAGGAACAUAACAAGAGACACACCUUUCACACUGUCAUGUGAGGCAGUAGGACCUCCAGACCCCGUUCAAAUCCGCUGGCUACGUGAUGGAUUACCUGAUAGUGACUAUCAUAAAUCUCCCAGCAGCUACUCUGUGCCAGGUGUGGACAAGUACACUCAGUUCAGUUGUGAAGCUCACAACCAGAAGGGUGUCGCCACCUCCAGAGAAGCAAAUAUCAACAUUAAAGUGCUUCCCAGUCCUGUGUCUAAUGUUAAUGUGGUGAAAAGUCAGUCCAAUAAGUUGACGUUGAGCUGGAGCCCUGGUCAUGAUGGCUUCUCUCCACUCACCAAAUGUCACAUCAGGGUUAAAGAGGUAAGUCGGCGGAAGGGGGAGGUGAUGACUACCAGAUUCAUCAACGUUACAGUGCCGCCUUUCCAAAGUGAAAUCCCUGGGCUGCAAUCUAUGACGUCUUACAACAUGAGUGUUUCCUGCAGCAAUGAGGUGGGAGCCUCUCCUAUCAGCAUGUGGAUCCAGGGCAACACCACAGAGGGAGUGCCAUCAGUUUAUCCCCGAAACGUCACCGUACAGCUAAACGAGUCGUGGUUGGUGAUCAGAUGGAAGCCUCCGCCAGAUGAUAAGAUAAAUGGCAUUCUGAGUGGUUAUGACGUAAUUGUCAGAUAUGGCACACAAGAGAAAAAGGUCCACAGUUACAACACCACGGCCUUUGUGCAUGUGCAGGAAUUCAACACAACCUACAGUGUGGAGGUGGCUGCAUGCACACAGGCAGGGAGCGGCAUGGUCAGCCCACGAGUCUCACUGUUUGUGCCGGAGGACAAAUCAGUUGUGUCCCCGUCACCCAGCCCUGACACUGGGGUCCCAGACUCUGUCUACGUUGUGCUGGGUGUAGUGUGUGGCUUCUGUUUUCUGCUGAUUAUCCUCUGGGGUGGUAUCUGUGUACACAACAGGACCUCUGACUCUUGCUUUGGGCAGGUGUUUGGAGGUGGAGAAAAGCCACAGCCCGUCAUACAGUACAAACCCCAGAGAUCCUACAAUCGAUCAGCCAUAGGAGUCACACUUGUGAACCUUGGUGUUAGUGACGAACUCCAAGCCAAACUUCAAGACGUGAUGGUCAUGAGGAGCUUGCUCUCGAUAGGGAAGGUUCUCGGAGAGGGUGAAUUUGGCUCUGUGAUGGAGGGACGUUUAAGACAACCAGAUGGAACGUCAGAAAAAGUUGCUGUGAAGACAAUGAAAUUGGAUAGCUUCUCUCAAAGGGAGAUUGAAGAGUUCCUGAAUGAGGCAGCCUGCAUGAAAGAUUUCAACCACCCUAAUGUCAUCAGCCUGCUCGGUGUAUGCUUGGAAGUAGGCUCAGGACAUUUUCCCAAGCCCAUGGUCAUUUUGCCAUUCAUGAAAUAUGGAGAUCUGCAUAGUUUUCUGCUGCGCUCACGACUCGGAGAGAGUCCAAUGUUCUUGCCCACUCAGACACUCUUGAAGUUCAUGGUUGACAUUGCAUUGGGUAUGGAAUAUCUCAGUGGGCGUAACUUUCUUCAUCGUGACCUGGCGGCUCGCAACUGCAUGCUGCGAGAUGACAUGACUGUGUGUGUAGCAGACUUUGGGUUAUCGAAGAAGAUCUACAGUGGAGACUAUUACAGACAGGGCAGAAUAGCCAAAAUGCCUGUAAAGUGGAUUGCAGUAGAGAGUCUGGCAGACAGAGUUUUUACUGUAAAAAGUGAUGUGUGGGCAUUUGGCAUUACCAUGUGGGAGAUUGCUACACGAGGCAUGACGCCCUAUCCUGGCAUCCCAAACCAUGAGAUUUACGACUACCUUGUUGAAGGACACAGACUGAAGCAACCAGCAGACUGUUUGGAUGAGCUGUAUGAGAUCAUGUACAGCUGCUGGAGAGCCGAUCCACUGGACCGACCCAUCUUUACCCAGCUGCGGAAAAUGUUGGAAAAGCUCACAGAAAAGCUCCCAGAGUCUUCCAGCAAGGACGAUAUCAUCUAUAUUAACACCAGCUUUCCUGAAGAGGACCCUGAUGGAGAAACACUUCCUGUAGAACGUCCCGUGUUCAGCUCCUCCCCUUCCUGUAGCCAUCGGGCGGCGGAAAAUGCAGUGAUUACUGCGGACAUUCAUGGGAGCCUGGAGGAUGAGGAUGAUGAUGACGAUGACCGUUAUGUGGUGGUGAUCUCCUCUGAUCCCUCUCUGAGAUCUUCUGCGGUGGACACUCCUCUUUUGUCGAGCGAUGCUUUAAGUCAAGCAAAUGGAGACAUGGUUGCUGAUGUGACAGGCAUAGAUCACAGCUCAAGUGACACUUCUUUCCUGCUGUAACGAUCGGUACCCAGCAGAUUAAAACUGUAAUAAAACUGCCAACUUGAUUCAUCUGUACUAAACAUUUUGCCUUGUUGCACUGGGAGCACCUUGACGUCUCCUGAUGUGGACUUUCUGUAGCAUUGUUAUAUAAGCAGUUUAUGCUUUACAUGGACAGCCAUUAUAUCAGUGUGACAACAUCAAAUAUGUUCAUGCACAAGUUCCCAUAAGCUUAAGAUACACUGAACUGUGAAAUUGUUUACUGUGUUGAAUUCUGUGUCGCAAUGUAAAUAUAGAAAUGUACAGAACAUUUAUAAAGUGAUCUUGUAUAUUGUAAAAAUAAAUGCUUUAUUGACUCAUUUGA